UUCUUGUUCACUUUCAUAGAAAGAGUGAAAAUAAUUAUAAAUGAAAUAAGAAAGCAAAUAAGUUCAAAUGAAGAAGAAAUAGAAAUCAAAUUCAUUCCAAAGUUAGAAGAAGAUGAAAUACAAAAUUCUAUAUGUAAGCUAGAUAGAGGCGAAACAAAUACAAGUGAAACAUUGAAGCGAAAUGAUGUACUCACAUUUCAAGAGAUGAACAUGAAAAUACAAAAAUUGGAAAAGAAAAAUGAAGAACUAAUAAAUAAAUUACAAUCUUUACAAAUAAAUUUAGAAGAAAAAAUACAAGGUCAAGCAGAUGUUUUCGAAAAAAAAUUACAAUGUCAAACAGCAAAGUUGAGACGUAUUAUUGAAGAACAAAGAAGAAAAUUCAAAAGAAAAUUAGUUACAAAAGACAAACAAUUAAAAAUAUUAAGAAUUGCUGUAAGACGAAAAAAUAAUCACAUAAAAAGUUUACUAAAUAUUAUUAAAAUCAAGAAGAUAUUAACUAAAACAUCAUAUAAUACUUUAAAACAUGAUUUUGGAAAAUCAUCUUUCUUAGUAAAAAAUGAAACACAAAAUCAAAAUAAAUCACCUCAUAGACCAGUACUCAUAGUCGAUAUUUUAGACCAUCUUAAAUGCAAUCCUAAGAUGUCAUAAGCCAAUUAGAAAGAAGUAAUAGCACCUUAAGACAUUACUUAAGAUAAUUAAAAUAAGAACAGACUAUGAAUAACGGCCAUAAAAGACGGUAUGUGUUUAAAAUGCACACAUAUUAACACAAAAUUCACAGAUAAUUCAAGAAAAUCCGAAUUCUGGUUCUAGAAUAAGAAUGUUUACAUUUUUACUUAAUAAAUAUUUUA